AUGAUUUUGUUACAAUCGCCUUCCAAAUAUAUGUUGCAGAUCUUGACUACCCGCCUUCAGAAUCUUGACAAAGGAGUUGAGCUUGAUUGCCACUGGAAUGAGUUUGGGGAUGUUAGAUAUCACAUACAGGGCUCAAUGAAGAAUCCAAAUCUCCUCUUUUUAUCAGUAUCAUUACCUGCACCGCCUCCAGAAACUGUAUCCAUCGGAGGGUUACCACCAGGAGCGAUAGAUGCUAUAAAAUCAGCCUAUGGAGCAGUGGCACAAAUUCUUGAUCCUCCUAGAGACGGAUUCAGUCUCACUUUAAAAUUGAACUUUUCAAAACUUCCUCCAGAUGAAGAGGAAAAACACAUGUCCUUGUUAAAGAUUGCAUCCGUGAGAGAACUAGUAUUGGGUGCCCCAUUAAGAGUGUUUUUAAAACACCUGGGGUCACGGACUGCUGCUUCAGACCUUGACAAGAUCGUUGCUCUGGUACAUCGUCCCAUGGAGUCAUUUUUUCUGAUUCCUCAGGUGGACAAGGCCACCGUGGUUUUCCCUAUGAGGUUCAAAGAUUCUACAGAUGUUGUUCUGGCAACCUCCUUCCUUCAGGAAUUUGUUGAUGCUAGGCGCAGUGCUGGGCUUAGCAAUGCCCCUCUUUGUUCAUGGUCCACUACUCCUCCUCAAGAACUGAAGGAAGUUCCUUCAGAAGCAUUAUCUGCAAAUGCUGGUUAUGUUAGUUUUGUCAUUUUCCCUCGUCACGUAGAAGGAAGAAGACUAGACAGAACUGUUUGGAGUUUAUCAACAUUUCAUGCAUUUGUGAGUUACCAUGUCAAGUGUUCAGAAGGUUUUAUGCACACUCGGAUGAGACGCCGGGUUGAGUCACUGAUACAGGUUUUAGAUCGCGCCAGACCUGAUUCGGAGGAAUCAAAGAAAAGUAUAAAAAACAGAUCCUUCAAGCGUUUGUCUGAAGGACGGUCGGAGCAGUUUCAAAUCAUUUAUUUUAAAGUUCUUGAGCCUUUCUCUGAACUACUACUACUUGUUGAUUCUGUCUAUCGUAAAUGUACCUGCAAGCUCUAUUUAAUAGGACUAAGAUUCAGCUUGAGUACUUCACAUUCCAGUCGUUCGUGGAUUGGUUCACUGCUCAGCUUUGAAAUGAAGAGCCAACAAAAUGGUGGGAAAUCAUCCAUUAGUUCUGAAAAUUCAGAUAAAACAACGAAAACAAACAAGGAAAACACGGCUGCUUUGUACAGAAAUGAAGUUGACAGAGGCCUUGAUCAAUGA